AGACCAAAAACCAGAGAGAGAAAGAAGAAGCAGAAGAAGUUCUCUAAUACAACAAUUCAAAGCCUCUACUUCUUCACUUCUCUUUCUCUUUAUUAUGUAGCCCCCCAAAAAAAAAAUCAAAAAAGUGAAAACAAAUCAAUGCACGCCUACAAUCGACUGCCCAGCAGCGGCCACACCACCCCGUCACCGCCCGCCUCGCCGUUAAGGUCGCCACGUUACCGUCACGGCCGUUCCAAGGGGGGGCGUUUCACUCCCGUUGGUCCGCCGGGUCGCGGCAACUUGCCUCACCGGUUGGCUUGGCUUCUUUUGUCUGUUCUUCUUCGACGACAGGGUAUCUUUUUAUUCGCGCCGCUUAUUUAUAUCUCCGGGAUGCUGCUUUACAUGGGAACGGUGUCGUUUGAUGUCGUUCCGGUUAUUAAACACCGGCCCGCGCCCGGUUCGCUUUAUCGAAGUCCACAGCUUUAUGCGAAGUUAAAGGCGGAGAUGGAUGCGGAUAAUUCCUCUGCUGAUGCGAUAUCAACUAUAUGGAAAACGUCCCAUAAAGGUGGAGACUGGAAACCAUGUAUAAAAAAGUCUUCAGAAGGUUUACCUGAAUCAAAUGGUUACAUCUGUGUUGAGGCUAAUGGUGGCUUAAAUCAGCAGAGGAUAUCGAUAUGCAAUGCAGUUGCUGUGGCAGGCUAUCUUAAUGCAACCCUUGUGAUUCCCAGUUUUCAUUAUCAUAGCAUUUGGAGAGAUCCUAGCAAAUUCAGAGAUAUUUAUGAUGAAGAGUAUUUUGUCAGUACCUUGCAAAAUGAUGUGCGGGUGGUUAAUAAGAUUCCUGAAUACAUAAUGGAACGUUUUGGCCACAACAUGAGCAAUGUCUACAACUUCAGAAUAAAAGCGUGGUCACCCAUUCAGUACUAUAAGGAUGAAGUUCUCCCGAAGCUACUUGAAGAAAAGGUUAUAAGGAUCUCGCCUUUUGCAAAUCGUUUGUCAUUUGACGCUCCUUCAGCUGUCCAACGACUUCGAUGCUUGGCAAAUUAUGAAGCUCUAAGGUUUUCAAGUCCUAUAUCAAAUUUAGGUGAUAUAUUGGUUGCUAGAAUGAAAGAACGCAGUGUGAAGCAUGGUGGCAAAUACAUUUCUGUGCAUCUUCGCUUUGAGGAGGACAUGGUUGCUUUCUCUUGCUGUGUAUUUGAUGGCGGGGAGAAAGAAAAAGAAGAUAUGAAAGAAGCAAGAGAAAGAGGUUGGAAAGGGAAAUUUACAAGACCUGGUCGAGUUAUACGCCCCGGAGCUAUCAGGAUUAAUGGGAAAUGUCCGCUUACUCCUUUAGAGGUUGGCUUGAUGCUUAGGGGAAUGGGAUUUGAUAAAAACACACAUAUUUAUUUGGCUUCUGGAAAGAUAUACAAUGCGGAGAGGACAAUGGCCCCGUUAUUGGAAAUGUUUCCAAAUUUGCUAACUAAAGAGAUGCUGGCAUCAGAUGAGGAGCUUGCACCUUUUAAGAACUAUUCUUCCAGGAUGGCUGCUAUAGACUAUACUGUUUGCCUCCAUAGUGAGGUCUUUGUGACCACUCAGGGUGGAAACUUCCCUCAUUUUCUUAUGGGUCACAGAAGAUUCUUGUUUGGCGGACACUCCAAGACAAUCAGGCCAGACAAGCGAAAGUUAGCUAUACUUUUCGAUAAUCCAAAUAUUGGAUGGAAAAGUUUCAAACGGCAAAUGCUGAGUAUGCGGUCUCACAGUGAUUCCAAGGGGUAUGAACUGAAAAGACCGAAUGACUCAACCUAUACCUUUCCAUGCCCAGAUUGCAUGUGCCGUACAAACAAAUCGGACGAUUCAAAAUCAUGAACUGCUACGUUUAUUCGCUGAGAGAAAAUUUUGAUGGGUGAAUUUUUUUAUACCUGUAAUUUUGUGAGCAUAUCCUUGCUGCUGACCCCCUAUUCGUGUUGUAUUCUUUCAUUUUUUCCCCCUUUCCAUUUCGGCAAGAGGGCAUAUACCCUUCAGUUUGGGAGCAUUGACGAUUCAUUGGAGGUUACAUUGAUCUGAUUAUUUCCCGGGAUCGCGUCGAAGAUGAGUUGCAUCUUUUUUGUAUAUGAUGCCAGAGAAGAAGAGCAUGAAACCAACAAGCUUACUUUCUGUUGGAGGAAAUUCCCGGGGCGUUGAUUAACCGAGCAAUUUUUUCAUAUUGGCUUAUUGCAGCUGCUGUAUCUAACAAGCUGUGAAAAAUGACACCAGAUUCUUUCAGAACCCAGUGGUUUCGCCAUGUUUGUAAAUUUCUUGGAACUGGAUUUGCUUGUGUAGAAACUUUAGAAACAGAAAAAUAUAGAUUUGGUGUACAUUUUUUUAUUAGAAAUCACUAUCGGGGUAUUGAUUUUU